GGAGGCAAUAUCUCAAUGGCUUCUGAUUUGGGAAAUGCCUCAGUAUUGGAUCCCAUAUCUGUGCCUGCUUUGGACAUUCAGGCUCCAUUGAAAAAGGCUAACAAGAAGGGAGGGCUUCCAGAGGCCAAGCGGAAAGGACGGGCCAAAAAGAUGAACAAAGAUGCCGAGGAUCUGCUUUUGGGCCUGCAGCGACUGGAUCUUACUUCAGAAUGUGCUGCUCCGUUAGGAACUGGACUGAUUUGGGAUAACCGAAUGACAGAAUUUUGCUGCCCAUGGGAUGAAAGUUUCCCAGAAUGCCCAGAGCGACUGGUGACCAUUAGGGACAAAUUGCUUCAGUAUGAACUGUUGGAACGUUGUGUCCCAGUGAUGGGCCGAGACAUUUCUGAGGAAGAGAUCCUCUUGGCUCACAGUCAAGAAUACUUGACCCUCAUGAAAUCGACUGAAACAAUGAGUGAGACUGAGUUAAGGUCUCUGGCGGACACCUUUGAUUCUGUUUACCUGCAUCCAAAUUUCUACCGCUGUGCCUGCCUUGCUGCUGGUUCUGUUUUGCAACUUGUGGAGAAAGUGUGGUCUGGAGAACUCCGUAAUGGGCUGGCAGUGGUCAGGCCUCCUGGACACCAUGCCCACUGCAACAAGAUGAAUGGCUACUGCAUGUUCAACAACAUAGGCAUUGCAGCACAAUAUGCCCGACAAAAAUUGGGGGUGGAGCGGGUGCUGAUCGUUGACUGGGAUGUGCACCAUGGGCAAGGCCUUCAAGAUCUCUUUGAGGAGAAUCCCAGCAUCCUUUAUUUCUCCAUCCAUCGCUACGAAGGAGGGAAUUUCUGGCCCCACCUUCCAGAAUCUGACAGUCACGCAGUGGGCAGAGGUCGGGGAGAGGGAUACAACAUCAACGUGCCCUGGAACCAGACAGGAAUGAGGGAUGCUGACUACCUCUCUGCCUUUUUACAUGUCCUGCUACCGGUGGCCUUAGAGUUCCAACCCCAUAUGGUCCUGGUUGCUGCAGGUUUUGAUGCUGUAAUUGGUGACCCUAAGGGGGGUGGGGAUGCCACCCCCGCUUGCUUUGCUCACCUGACACACCUGUUAAAGUCACUGGCUGGAGGCAAACUGGUUUUAUCUCUGGAGGGUGGGUAUAACCUCCAGUCUUUGGCAGAGGGAACCUGCAUGGUUUUGAAGACACUUCUAGGAGAUCCCUGUCCGCUGAUGGAAUCCCCUGUCUUCCCAUGUAGCAGUGCUCUCAGCUCAGUGUCUCGGGCCGUUGCAGUUCAUAGCAAGUACUGGAAGAACCUACGGAAGAUCAGUGCUGAUGUGCCCCAAGAGGAUGGCAAGCUGAGCAUAGCUUGGCCACCAGCCAGCUCUCUCUCUGUAACCGAUCCCCUCUCCGGAUCAGCGGCUGAACGGAUACAGCCUCAGCCUCCUUCUUGCACGGGGCUAGUCUAUGAUGAGAAGAUGAUGGAGCAUUACAAUAUGUGGGACAGCCAACAUCCAGAGUUGCCUCAGAGAGUAUCCAGGAUCUUCCAACGCCACAGGGAGCUGCAUCUGACCGAAAGGUGUUGCCGGCUCCCAGCCCGUCUUGCCUCUGAAGAAGAGCUACAAAUGUGCCACAGCCUGGCUUAUGUGGAGACAUUGAAGUCCACAGCCACCAUGAAACCCCGUGACCUGCAUCGCCAGGGUGACCAGUACAAUUCUGUCUACAUCUGUGCCAGCUCCUACCAGUGUGCCCGGUUGGCAGCUGGGUCCGCAUUCAGUGCAGUAGAGGCUGUGUUGUCUGGGAAGACUCAAAAUGCCGUGGCCAUUGUCCGCCCGCCUGGACACCAUGCGGAAUCAGAUACUGCCUGUGGCUUCUGCUUCUUCAAUUCGGUGGCUUUGGCAGCACGCUAUGCCCAGCGCCUGGCCCAGAGGCGGUUGAGGGUUAUGAUACUAGACUGGGAUGUUCACCAUGGCAAUGGAACACAGCACAUAUUUGAAGAUGAUCCCAGUGUUUUAUACAUCUCCCUCCAUCGGUACGACAACGGCACUUUCUUCCCCACUUCUGAGGAUGCAGAUUAUGACCGAGUGGGUGUGGGACCCGGGGAAGGCUUCACCCUUAAUGUGCCUUGGAACUGUUCCCGGAUGGGAGACUCUGAGUAUCUGGCUGCCUUCCAUCAGAUUAUCAUGCCUGUUAGUUAUGAGUUCAACCCGGAGCUGGUCCUGGUGUCGGCUGGUUUUGAUGCUGCUCGAGGGGACCCACUGGGGGGUUGUCUUGUGACCCCAGAAUGCUACGCCCAUAUGACCCACCUCCUCUUGGGUUUGGCAGGAGGGAAAGUAUCCGUUGUCCUAGAGGGUGGCUACAACCUAGACUCUAUCUCAGAGUCCAUGACUAUGUGCACACGCAGCCUCCUGGGGGAUCCUCCACCCCCACUCGGACGCCUAAAGCCUCCCCAUCUGAGUGCCCUGCAGUCCUUGGCCCGUGUCACUGCUGUGCACCGCAAAUAUUGGGCAAGCCUCCGACUGGAAGUGCCUGCCACUCUGUGGGAGAAGCCCAGGACUCGGGCUGGGAAGGAAACUCCCGUUCCAAAUGAGGUUCCUGAACAAGUCCCUCAGGAGUUGCUCCAAAGCCCUGUAGCUCAGCCUGUGGAAGCUAUAGAUGAUGCCGUGAUGGGCUUGGGCUCCCUCCAGCUAGAAGACAACCUGACGGAAGAAGGCGAAACGGCUUCGAGUUCUCUCUCUCCUGAUUCUAGUCCGGUGGGUGAGGAAGCUCGGCCAAAAGUCAGCGGAUCCCCUAAGGAAAUGGAUCCUGCAGAGAAUGCACCAAGGGAAGGGGGAUCGGCAGAGAGCUUCUCUGGGGAAGGGAUGGCUCCUGACAAAGAACAUCACCGCCCAAUGAAUGUUGAGGUUGUCCUGUUGGAUGAAGCAGCAGGGGGUUGUUCUUCGUUUGAUGAGAAGAUUGGGGAUAAUGUGGCUGGCAGUGGGCUCUUUUAUGUCGUGACUCCCUUGCCCUGGUGCCCCCACCUCAGCUCCGUGCUGCCUGUGCCUCCUGGGGGCCUGAAUGUGUGGGAGCCUUGUGCAGAAUGUGGCAGCGAGAUGGAGAACUGGGUUUGUCUGGUGUGCUAUAAAGUCUGUUGUGGACGCUACAUUAAUCAACAUAUGCUGGAUCACAACAAGGAAUCUGGACAUCCACUGGUGCUUAGCUUUUCAGAUCUCUCUGCCUGGUGCUAUGACUGUCAAGCCUAUAUCAGUCACCCAGUCCUUCUUGAAGCCAAGUGCCAGGCUCACAAGUUGAAGUUUGGAGUGGACAUGCACCUGCCUUCCUAAGGUGACUUUGUCCAGAGGGAAGUCCGAAGAUUGAAUGCAGCACAAUCAACCAUCGUUUGACCUCACUGAAGUGAAUCGGAGGCUUCUUAAAAGGGCUCUUUGUGCCAAAAAAAAAAUAGCCAGCAACCAUCAAUUACAAUACCACCAGCAGCCAUAAAUCAACCACCAGCACACUCACUGCUUCCACUAGGACAAAAAAACGUCCUCUUCUGGUCCAAUCCAUGAAGAGGAAUAA